AUGCUUUUCAGUUGUGCUCCUAAUUUUUCUAUCUAUCUUGAUUACCAUUUGCAUAUUUUUAUUUAUCUUGUCCUUGUACUUGUCCUCAACAAAUACACACACACACAGCAAUAAUUUAUACGCACAGCAAAGCUCUCUAACCAACGGAGAGAAAAAAAUAGCAAUGAUUUCUCGCACAGUUAUUAGCAGAGCAUGCAAUUCCCGCCACUUGCUCUGUUCGCAGACGCAGCAGCUUUGCCAGCGGACAGCAACGCAGCCAACAAUCCGAUCCAUUCAGACAAGCGCAGUCACCAGCGCGAUUCUGGGCAAAAUCCAACAAGCGCUAGCCUCAGCGCGGCCCGGAUACAAGCCCUUGGCAAACACCGGCGGCGCCAUGGACAAUGUAAUGGACCAGCUGCAGGAUACCAGGCCACGCACCCCAGAUACGCGCAAGCAGCAGCAUAAAAGACCAGGCGACAGGAGACGGCGCGAGCAGCCCAACACAGUAGGCACAAGCGAGCAUGGUGCCUACCGGCCGGCAGACCCCAUGAUGGCCAUGCCCAAGGUCUUUGGGCCGAUCGAACAGCCGGCCGACGCGCAAAUCGCAAAGUUUGUCAUUUUCGGUGCCGCCAACGCAGGUAAGUCCACGCUGGUCAACCGGCUGACAGGCGCCAAUGUCUCGAUCGUAUCCGCGCGCCCACAGACUACGCGCACACGCAUAAUGGCGAGCUCCACAGUGGGCAGCAAGCAGUUGGUGUUUCUCGACACCCCCGGCGUUGUCAGCCGCCAGGCGCUGCGCCGCGUGGCGCGCACAGUGGUGACGUCGCCGUGGCUGACUCUGGGCGAGGCUGACUUUGUCAUCCUGCUGCUGGACGCCUACAAGCUGACGCAGAAGACGGACGAAGUCGAGAAGUACCUGUUUGCGCAGCUGAAGAGCAACUCGACGGUGCCGGCGAUCCUGGUUGUCAACAAGAUCGACACCGUUGAGGACCAGGAGAAACUCACGGAGAAGGUGCGCGAGUACGUGGAUAAGUACCCGCACAUUGUUGCCGGCCCACUGUUCAUAUCUGCGCUGGGCAAUGUCAACGUCGAUGAGCUCAGGGCCAUACUUUUGGAGCGCACGAGGCCUGGAGACUGGGUGGUGCCGGCGCACGUCAGCUGCGAUAUGUCCGAUCUGAUGCGCGCCGAGGAGCUCAUCCGCGCCGAGUGGUUUGCGCGCCUCUCAGGACACCUCCCCUAUGUCGUGCGCCAGAGGAACGCCGCCUGGGAGUACGUCGACACGCCGCUCAGGCAGACCACGUAUAGCCGCGGCAAUGCGGGCGCUGCCGAGGAUGCUGAGCCCAGUGUGCGCGUGGUGACCCGGACGCAGAGGGUGCUGGUCAUCAAGCAGGAGCUUGUUGUGUCGACCGGCGGCGAGGCCAAGAUCUUGCUUGGCGCCGGCGGCCAGAACAUCAAGGAUAUUUGCCGCGAGGCCAACGCCAACAUUGUCGCGGCCAUGGGCCACCCCGUGCGCUUGCAUUUGCAGGUGGUCGUUGAGGUGGACACCACGCACCGCAAGUAAAUGAUUUGUUUUUUUUUAAUAAAUAUUGCGUGG